AUGGUGGGAAUAUCGAGCGAUAUAGGCGCUUCCUGUCUAUAUGUUGCCAACAAUGCUACCAACUAUCCAUUCGACUGUCCUUCUCUUGACUUGAACUACAAAUGCCGGUGUGACGAUCCUGCUUUCCUAGGUACAAUUCUAAUUUGCAUCGACGAUGUUUCUGAGACUGUUGAAUCUGUUUCUAACUCCUAUAACUACAUUAUCGAUGUCUGCUCCCUACAGGCAAAUAAGAAAUACUCCUUUCGAAACUUGAUCAAUGUCUUUGAAAAUGCAAGCACAAAUUUAGUCGAAUAUAAUGACUAUCAAAAUGACUAUAAUUCAAUCGAUUUCGCCCAUCUAAAUUAUCCAGUCAGAAUUCCUCAAUUCCAAUACGAUAUUGCCUUUGAUUCAAUUUCCAGUUUGUUGAAGCAUCGCUAUACUAGCACAAAGUUUGGCGCUGGACUUCUUGCAUACUGGGGUUUUAUUUGUUUAUUAGGCACCAUUAACAAUAUGGGUUUUUGGUGUGCUCCUUCAAUUUUAAUGAGUUUAAAUGGCCAAUUAUCCAGAUAUUUACGUCGUCAUUUAUUCACUCCUCAAUUAUUCUCAAGAAAUACUAAUAAAAAACGUUCAACUAAAUGGGGGAAAUUUAUCUCAUCGAUUGUUAGAACUUUACCGACAAGACCUCAAUCCUUAUCUAUCAUAUUUUAUAUCAUGAUGGUCGUUUUAUUUACCUCAGUUGAUUAUCAUUUCACAAUGCCAAAUGCUGUGUUUGGUACUUAUUCCAAUGAGAAAUUAAUCUACAUCUCUGAUCGAAUCGGCAUAAUGGCAAUCACUCAAAUUCCUCUACUAUUCGCAUUUGCUGGAAGAAACAACAUCCUCAUCUAUUUAACCGGUUGGUCUUAUAGAACCUUUAAUAUCUAUCAUAAAUGGAUUUCAAGAGUAGUUUGGAUAAUGAUUCUAAUUCACGCUUUCCUUUACAUAACCUUUUCUAAUAAUAACGGCGAUUAUAUCAAGAGAUGGGGACUAACCAAAUGGAGAUGGGCCAAUGUUGCAUCCAUUUGUUCUAGUUUGUCCAUUUUAUUAUCUUCUAGAUCAAUUAGAAAUAGAUUUUAUGAAUUCUUUAAACAAUUCCACCAAUUACUUGCUGUUUUCUUCUUGAUUGGUUGCUGGUACCAUUGUAUAACUCUUGGUUGGAUGGAAUUCUUGUAUACAUCCAUAGCUUUUUGGGCUUAUGACCACCUCAUCAGAAUUGCUAAAAUUUUGAUAUCUGGCGGUAUAUUAUAUGCUGAUUUUCAUUCAAUUCGUCUAACUAUUAAUCAUUCCGGAUGGUGGAGAAAUUAUCCUGGAAGUUAUGUCUUUCUUUAUUUUUUAAAACCAACAAUGUUUUGGCAAUCUCAUCCUUUUACAUUGAUUGAACCAUCCACUAUCAAAAAUAACAACCAACUAGUUAUCAUCAUCAGAAUUAAAAAUGGCAUCACAAAAAGAAUCGGCAACUAUAUUAAAAAUUACCCCAAUCUUAAAGUAAAAAUACCAGUAAUGGUUGAGGGUCCUUAUGGCACACCAAUUGCCUUUAGAUCUUACAAUCACGCUGUAUUUAUUGCAGGCGGUGUCGGAAUUACCAUUGUUUAUACUUUUGCUAUGGAUCUCGCUCGUCAAUAUCAAGCAGAUAUUUUAAGAGGAGAGUACACACAAGAUGAACAUUCAAUAACUCUUUAUUGGAUCACACCCACAAUUAAAACGCUAGAAGUAUGCUUGGAUGAAAUUGAAAGUUUGGCCAAAUUAAAUAUCAAUUUCAACAUUUUUAUUACUAGAAUGGAACUUAUUUCAUUAGAAACUUUAAAGAAAGAGAAAGAGAAAGAAAAAGAAAAAGAAAAAGACACAAAUGCAAAUAUAGAUUCAAACAGAAUUAAAAACAAUGUUAAUGAUGACCCUGACUCUUUUAUUCCUCAUGUUUCAAAGAAAAAAGAAAAUAGACAAUUUAUUGAUGAAUCCUCUAUUCCAAACAAGAGAAUCGUCAAAAUCAUUAAAAAUCAAUUAUCUGGAGUAAAGGUAAAUAUGGGCUAUAAACCAUACAUUAAAAAAGACUUGACUGAGUAUUUAAGGAUAAUACAAGGUACUGCUGCUGUUAUCUCUUGUGGUCCAGACGAGCUCAGUCGUGAUGCUAGAGCAGGAACUGCUAAUGCUAUUUUGCAAAAUGCUGAUAAAAGAAUCGACUAUUUUGAAGAAGAGUUAUUAUGGUGA